GCCACUUGAAAUAAAAAAAUGACAGAUAGCGAGGAUGAUGUUCCCCAGCUGAGUGCCUCCACCUUGGCAGCUCUUCAAGAAUAUUACACAGAGUUUCAGGAACGACAAGAUCAACUGACCAAAAUGAUGACCAAGGGUCGAGUAAAUCUCGAAGAAAACGACAUUGAUAAUCUCAAUCUCUCCGAAGACUGGCAAUUAAGUCAAUUCUGGUACGACGACGAGACAGUGGACGUCAUCGUCAGAGGUGCACUCCAAGGUACAGAAGCCGAUGGAAAAAUAGCCCUUAUAUCCUGCCCCACGUUGUAUAAAUCACUGAAGAGACAAGCUGGGGGUAGAACAGUAACAUUAUUCGAGUAUGACACGAGAUUCUCGAUGUAUGGGGCAGAUUUCGUUUCAUACGACUACAAAUCACCCUUAAAUCUACCACGAGAAAUGUCGAGCAUGUACGAUCUAGUAAUAGCAGAUCCUCCAUUUUUAUCGGAGGAAUGUUUAACAAAAACUGCCGUUACCAUGAAGUUUUUAACUAAGAGGAAUAUAGUUCUCUGUACAGGUGCUGUAAUGGAGGAGUUGGCUGGAAGACUCCUGGAUGUUCAUAAAUGCAGAUUUGAGCCACACCACAGAAACAAUUUAGCAAAUGAAUUUUAUUGUUACUCUAAUUUCGACUUCGAUAAAUCGGUGCAAUUACAUUGAGUUCAGGGGACAAA